CUCUCACUCUUUCCUGAUUCCUCUUCUCCUUCUCUUCUCCUUCUUCUUCUACGUAAUUCCUUCUCCACACCACAAUGUUUGCUGCUGCUGCUGCUGCUCUUGUAAACACUAAUCUCCCUUGCUCUUCAAGAAUCGCCCCGUCUUCCGACUUCGCUCCGAUUCUUCUCUCCCAUCCGGCGGCCGCCGUGCGGUUUCGCUCCUCGCGGUCCGCCGGCCGGCCGCUUCGAGUAAGGAAUGCCGCCACCAGACCUGCUAAGACUCCGGCUGAAGAAGAUUGGAAGAUCAAGCGUGAGUUCUUACUUGAGAAGAGGGUACGCAGUGUUGAUGUAAAGGAAGCUUUGCGCCUUCAAAAGGAAAAUAACUUUGUAAUUUUGGAUGUUCGUCCCGAAGCGGAGUUUAAGGAGGCUCAUCCACCGGGUGCAAUCAAUGUACAAAUAUAUAGACUUAUAAAGGAGUGGACGGCUUGGGAUAUUGCUCGACGUGCGGCAUUUGCAUUCUUUGGGAUUUUCUCUGGCACGGAAGAAAAUCCUGAGUUUAUGCAAAUUGUUGAGUCGAAGUUCGACAAAGAUGCGAAGAUAAUCGUGGCAUGUUCAUCAGGGGGAACAAUGAGGCCAUCUCAAAGUCUGCCAGAAGGCCAACAAUCAAGGUCUCUUAUUGCAGCCUAUUUGCUGGUGCUGAAUGGGUACAAGAAUGUCUACCACCUUGAGGGAGGGCUCUACACAUGGUUCAAAGAGGGCCUACCUGCUGCUGCAGAAGAAGAGUGACCACUCAACAUCAUCACAAUACACAAUUCCUUAGUGGCAUUUUUUUUUUCUUUUUUCUUUCUUUUUUUUUUUUCUGAAAAUUUUGUAGACAUUUCUCUUCUCUUUGACAUAAUGCAAAAUAACUCUGAUCGAUCGUGUAAGAACAGAUGCUUGUAGAUGAUCCAGAAUUGUGGCUGUAUUCAUGAGAUCUAUCAUUCAGAAAUGAUGAAUUUCUAAUGCGUCAACUAUUUACUAU